GCGGCCAUGGAACCUUGCUGGGAGCCGGGCGAUUCGGGCGAGCUGGAGGAGCCAGGCUGGGCGCGGCCCGGGGGUGAGCUGGGCGGCCGGGGGCUGCUGGCCUUGGCCGUGGCUAGCGGGGCGGCCGCGUGGGCUACCUGGGCCGUGCUGCUGAUGCCCGGCUUCCGCCGCGUCCCCCUGCGCCUGCAGGUGCCCUACCAGCCCUCCAGCCCCCGGCAAGUGGCCAACGCCCUGGCACUGCUGCGGGGGCGCGCCGGGAAGACCGUGGAUCUGGGAUCCGGAGAUGGACGGCUCGUGCUCGAGGCUCACAAGCAGGGGCUGAGGCCAGCCCUGGGCUAUGAGCUCAACCCCUGGCUGUUGUGCCUGGCCAACUACCGUGCCUGGAAGGCUGGAUACCACGGGAAGGUCUCCUUCCUGAAGAAGGAUCUGUGGAAGGUGAAUCUUUCUGACUGCCACAACGUGAUCGUGUUCCUGGCCCCCAGCGUGAAACCUCCCUUGGCCACCAAGCUCCUGGCAGAACUGCCCAACGAUGCCCGAGUGGUGGCUGGACGCUUCCCCUUCCCCUCCUGGACCCCCAGCAGCACCCUGGGGCAGGGGCUGGAGCAGGUCUGGGCCUAUGACAUGAAGGAGGUGCGGCAAGAAACACAGGGCAGCACCCAGGAAAGCCAGGUCUAA